ACGCAACUAGUGACGCGUCAUAAGGACACGUGUCACAAUUUGACUGGUUAAUAAUUUCACCGCUUUUGCUAUAAAUUACCUCCAAUCCCCUUAGCUUCUUCACAAUUCAGUUCCCAACCCUAACAAUUCUUGUUCAUAUCGCUUCUCUCUACUUUCAAGAUGCAGAUCUUCGUGAAGACCCUCACCGGAAAGACCAUCACUCUCGAGGUCGAGAGCUCCGACACCAUCGACAACGUUAAGGCAAAGAUCCAGGAUAAGGAGGGGAUUCCCCCGGACCAGCAGAGGUUGAUCUUCGCCGGAAAGCAGCUUGAGGAUGGUCGUACCCUCGCCGACUACAACAUCCAGAAGGAGUCAACCCUCCACCUUGUCCUCCGUCUCAGGGGAGGCAUGCAGAUCUUCGUGAAGACCCUCACUGGCAAGACCAUCACCCUCGAGGUCGAAAGCUCUGACACUAUUGACAACGUCAAGGCUAAGAUCCAGGACAAGGAGGGAAUUCCCCCGGAUCAGCAGAGGUUGAUCUUCGCCGGCAAGCAGCUCGAGGAUGGUCGCACCUUGGCCGACUACAACAUCCAGAAGGAGUCUACCCUCCACCUUGUCCUCCGUCUCCGUGGUGGUAUGCAGAUCUUCGUCAAGACCUUGACUGGCAAGACCAUCACCCUUGAGGUUGAGAGCUCUGACACCAUCGACAACGUCAAGGCUAAGAUCCAAGACAAGGAGGGAAUCCCCCCGGACCAGCAGAGGUUGAUCUUUGCCGGCAAGCAGCUCGAGGAUGGUCGCACCCUUGCUGACUACAACAUCCAGAAGGAAUCUACCCUUCACCUUGUCCUUCGUCUGAGGGGAGGUAUGCAGAUUUUCGUGAAGACUUUGACUGGUAAGACCAUCACUCUUGAGGUGGAGAGCUCUGACACCAUUGACAACGUGAAGGCUAAGAUCCAGGAUAAGGAGGGUAUUCCCCCGGAUCAGCAGAGGUUGAUUUUUGCUGGUAAGCAGCUCGAGGAUGGAAGGACUCUUGCGGAUUACAACAUCCAGAAGGAGUCCACCCUUCAUCUUGUGCUGCGUCUCAGGGGAGGUAUGCAGAUCUUUGUGAAGACCUUGACUGGUAAGACCAUUACCCUGGAGGUGGAGAGCUCCGAUACCAUUGACAACGUGAAGGCAAAAAUUCAAGACAAGGAAGGUAUCCCACCGGACCAGCAGAGGUUGAUCUUUGCAGGGAAGCAGUUGGAGGAUGGAAGGACCCUUGCUGACUACAACAUUCAGAAGGAGUCCACCCUUCACCUUGUGCUCCGUCUUCGUGGUGGAUUCUAAGUUGGAAGGAUUGUCUGUGUGUGCUGUUGUUUCAACUUUUUAAAAAUUGUGAACUGUGUGUAAUUGGGUCUCUGUUGACCCUUUUGAACAAUUAUGGUUUAUUUGGGCCUUUUAUGGCCCCUCUUGAACAAGUAGUAUCGUUUGUUGUGGCCUCUUCUGGCCUGUGAAUAAAUUCAGCACUUUCUGGUUA